AUGUCUGAUUUCGGUGAUGACGACGUUAGCGUUGGCGGUGAUGAGCCCGUGUUGGAAGAGGAUGAGGCUGGCGAAUUCUACGAACCCGAAGUUCACGAUGAUGAAGAUGGCGAGCACGCAAACGGCGACGACCAGGACAACGUUGUCAUUUCUGGAGACCCCUCUGCGGCUGCGAAUGCGUCCAAAGACAAGUCCGUCAAGGACAAGAAGAUUCCCGACGACCAGCGCACGACAACACCAUACAUGACAAAAUAUGAGAGAGCGCGUAUCCUGGGGACGCGCGCCUUGCAGAUUAGCAUGAACGCGCCGGUGUUGGUAGACCUCGAGGGUGAGACGGAUCCUUUACAGAUUGCGAUCAAGGAGCUACGCGAGAAGAAGAUCCCUCUCAUCGUGAGAAGAUAUAUGCCCGACGGAUACUACGAGGACUGGACCUGCGAAGAGCUUCUUCAGUAG